AUCAUCCCAAUUGUCAUCAAAAUGGCCUGUGCUCUUUAUUGUCUCGCACUGUUGCUCUUGACUGUCAUCCUUGUGGCAGCUGAAGAGGAUGCCAAGAUAACUUUACUCAAGUUCGAAAAGGUCAUGGAGGACGAUGUGGACUUCGAAAGUCAUGUGGAAAUGAUCAAACAGGAUGACGGCACUGCGAUUAUCAAUGGCGAGUUCAAGCAGCACGUCAGUCUGGACAAUGAUUGGAAGAUAAACAUCACACUUUAUCAUGCCCACAAACCCGAUGAAGAGUACAAGAAAUCUCCGGAAAGACUGCACACAGGCGUGUGCGAAUUUAUGUCUACCUUCUACAAGAAGUUCUUCUACGAGAAGCUAAAAGACUACUCGAAUGCACCGCAUCCGGAUACCUGUCCCUUGCCACCAGAACAUUAUCACCUCAAGGACUAUCCCUAUGAGACGCCCAAGAUCAAGAAGAUGAUGCGCAAUGGCUACUAUCGCAUGUUUGGACGCCUGCAAAAGGAAGAUCAUGUGAAGAUCGAGUACUUGGUCGAGUUCCUUGUGGAAUAGACGG